AUGACGUCGCUAAACUCGCGCACCGCUAAAGUGGGAUACAGAAGCAGGGGCCAGAUCUCUGCUCCUUCGGAGAUAUUCAACGAAACACAGCAAAAGCUCAAAGAGGAGCGGGAAGCUAAGCGGGCACAACUGGAUGGGAGACAUGACUACAUCUUCAGCAUUGUAGCUUCCUGCCUGAGCUUGGAGAAAUCUGAUGUGGAAGAUGCUAUACUGGAAGGAGACCAGAUUGAGCGCAUGGAGCAGUUCUUUGUGUCGCAGGGCCUCCCACAUCUUAUGUUUUACUAUCAAGAUACGGAGCCUUCACAAGCGGCAGCAUCAGCAGAGACUGUGCCGCUGCCUCUUGUCGUUCCACAGCCAAGUGCCGCCAAGAGGGAGAAAGUGUUUGUGACAGACGGCAGAGAUGUAGCCUUGAAUGGAGUGUGCGUCUUCUUCACCAGAGCUAACCCUUCGAAAACAAUCACCUCAGAGAACAUACACAGGGAUGUAAACUUCAACAUUUUGGACACAAAUGAAGGAGGCCUUUUAAAAAGUGUUGAGCAGCUCCUCUCUGAAGUCUUCAUCCCUACUUUGAGAAAGAUGAAUCAUGGCUGGGGAGAGCUGGCCAGUGCACAGGCCCAGACUGUCAAACAUGACUUCAUAUCAUCAUUAGAGAGCUUUGUGGAGGUUUUGGUUGGAGCACAAGAAAGCCUGCAAGAAAAGGUGACCUUAAUAACUUGUGACACACUUGACCUGCGUGCAAUGACAACCCCGGCAGACUACAUGGCAGCCGCUCACAGCACCGACACCACAGACAAGAUAGAGGCGUGCAUGAAAGUCUGGAUCAAGCAAAUUGAACUGGUUCUAACUGAGAGUGAUCAGUUACGAAAGGAGGCAGAUGAUCUUGGUCCUCGUGCUGAACUGGACUACUGGAAGAGAAGGAUGUCGCGGUUCAAUUACCUUUUGGAUCAGCUAAAGAGUCCUGAUGUCAGAGCUUCUUUGGGGGUCCUUCUGCUUGCAAAGUCAAAACUCAUCAAGAUGGAGGCUGCCAGAGCCGGUCUCCAGGUGUCUCUCCUGGUCAGAUCUCAGGCCACGGGAGAGCUCUUUGUGAACCUGGACCCUGAAAUCCUCACUCAGAUCAGAGAGACAAACUGCAUGAAGAGAAUGAAUUUGGAGAUCCCACCGUUUGCGUCUGUGCUGCUGCAAAAACAAGACAGUUUAAAAAAGAACUACGAUUACUUACAGGUGGAUGAUGCUAUAUUACCGGGUCUGACAACUCUCAACUGGACAUCUCUAACUAUAGACAAGUACCUUUCUCGCAUUGAAAAAUCCCUAGAGGACUUAGAGCUGCUGAUGGACCGCAUAAAUGACUUGGUGGAGUUUCGGAUUGAUGCCGUUCUGCAGGAGAUGAGUGCUGCCACACUGUGUAUGCUGCCUGAGGAUGAGCCUGUUACCUGCGACGAACUCACACGCAAUACUUUAGAGACGUUGCGGAAACGCAUUCACUCUUCCCAAGGACAUUUUAUGACUGAGAAUGAAUCAUUUAGUUUCACAAAGACCCGAGUUCAGCCUGCAAUCUUCAGAGUGAAUGUGGCUCUCUCCAUCCCAAAUAUUGCAAUGGUGCCGACUCUCGAGGAUGUGCAGCAGAGUCUGAACAGAGUGGUGGAGUGUGUGGUUUGUGUGAGUAAAGCCAAUCUGAAGACGUCUCUCACGGCUGAAACCAAGAGCUGGAUGGUGGACUACGGUUUGAACUGCAACAAGAAGUACUGCUCUGAGAUGGAGCAGAUCUUCACCUUCGUAGAUGAAGCAGGAAAGAAACUAAAUCGGCAAAUCAAAGACCUGGAUGACAUUCGCAUUGCCAUGACAGCGCUGAAGGAGAUCCGAGAGCAACAGAUAUCUGUAGAUUUUCUUGUUGGGCCUGUUGAGGAGUCAUAUGCCAUGCUUCACAAAUUUGAGUUGUCUGUGGCAAAAGAAGAAGUGGACAAAGUAGAUACGCUGCGAUACACCUGGGAGAAGCUCCUUUCCCGCACCACGGAGGUGCAGAAUGAGUUAGUGGCCCUGCAGCCAAACUUCAGAGGGGAGCUGCUGAGUAAUGUGGAGGCUUUUGUGGAAGACUGUCAAUACUUCUACCAAGAUUAUCAGAAGGAUGGGCCAAUGGUUGUGGGUCUGGCUCCACAAGAUGCAAGUGAUAGACUGAUCAUGUUUCAGAAUCGAUUUGACAACCUCUUCAGGAAAUACAUUACUUACACUGGAGGAGAGGAGCUGUUUGGACUCUCUGUCACCCAGCAUCCUCAGCUGCUGGAAAUCAGAAAGCAGCUCACAUUACUGCAAAAGUUAUAUGGACUGUAUAACAAUGAUAUUUGCAUCAGUGCAGUAAAGGAGCGGGACAUUGAGCAAAAGCUGAAGAUGGUUAUUGCUGAAUGGGACAACAAGACGUUCACGUUUGCAAACUUUAAGGCUCGUGGGGAGCUGCUGUUGAGGGGAGACAGCACCUCAGAGAUCAUCACUAGCAUGGAGGACAGCCUGAUGGUGUUAGGAUCUCUUAUGAGUAACAGGUAUAACACUCCAUUUAAAACCCAAAUUCAGAAAUGGGUGCAGAAUCUGUCCAACACCAAUGACAUUAUUGAAAACUGGAUGACCGUGCAAAAUCUCUGGAUUUACUUGGAAGCUGUGUUUGUCGGAGGAGACAUAGCUAAACAGAUGCCGAAGGAGGCAAAGCGUUUCUCUAACAUAGACAAAUCCUGGGUGAAGAUCAUGAUGAGAGCUCAUGAGAUGCCCAAUGUGGUGCAGUCGUGUGUGGGUGAUGAGACCAUGGGACAGCUACUGCCUCACCUUCUCGAACAGCUCGAAAUUUGUCAAAAAUCACUUACAGGCUAUUUGGAGAAAAAACGACUGCUCUUUCCACGUUUCUUCUUUGUGUCUGAUCCGGCUCUUUUGGAGAUCCUUGGACAGGCCUCAGACUCACACACUAUCCAGGCUCAUCUUCUAAAUGUCUUUGACAACAUCAAAAGUGUUAAAUUUCAUGAUAAGGUUUAUGAUCGGAUUUUGGCUGUGUCCUCCCGAGAAGGAGAAACAGUGGAAUUAGAGCGUCCUGUUACAGCGGAAGGCAAUGUGGAAGUUGGCUUGUUAGGAAUCCAGAUGAUAUGGACAAGAGAUGCGGAGGAGGCUUUGACCAAUGCCAGGUAUGACCGCCGCAUCAUGUCCAAAACCAAUCAGCUUUUCUUGGAGCAGCUCAACACACUGAUCGACAUGACCACUAAAGAUCUGGGGACUGUGGAGAGGACCAAGUAUGAAACCCUUAUCACCAUCCAUGUCCACCAGAGAGACAUAUUUGAUGAACUUUGCCGGCUCCAUAUCAAAAGCGCCAGUGACUUUGAGUGGCUGAAGCAGUGCCGUUUCUACUUCAAUGAGGACUCGGACAAGAUGGUCAUCAACAUCACCGACGUGGGCUUUGUCUACCAGAAUGAAUUCCUGGGCUGCACCGAAAGGCUUGUUAUAACGCCUCUCACUGAUAGAUGCUACAUUACCCUCGCGCAGGCUCUUGGUAUGAGUAUGGGUGGGGCUCCAGCUGGUCCAGCAGGAACAGACCAAAUGGACUUUAGAGGUUUGGGAAGAAUAUUUAAAGGUUUGGCCCAGUCUGGAUCCUGGGGAUGUUUUGACGAGUUCAAUAGAAUUGACCUCCCAGUACUGUCAGUAGCAGCACAACAGAUCGCCAUUGUGCUCACCUGUAAAAAAGAGAGGCGAAAGAACUUUAUAUUCACUGAUGGAGACAACAUUGAAAUGAAUCCAGAGUUCGGCCUCUUCCUAACUAUGAAUCCAGGUUAUGCAGGGAGACAAGAACUUCCUGAAAAUUUGAAAAUCAACUUCCGUUCAGUGGCUAUGAUGGUUCCUGAUAGACAAAUAAUUAUUAGAGUAAAACUGGCCAGCUGCGGAUUUAUUGACAACAUGGAGCUGGCCCGGAAGUUCUUCACUCUUUACAAGCUGUGUGAGGAGCAGCUUUCUCAACAGGUUCACUAUGACUUUGGUUUGAGAAAUAUCCUGUCGGUUUUGCGCACUUUGGGUGCAGCUAAACGCUCUAACCCUUCUGACACUGAGUCCACUAUUGUCAUGAGAGUCCUCCGGGAUAUGAACCUCUCCAAAUUGAUUGAUGAAGAUGAGCCUCUUUUUCUAAGUUUGAUAGAAGACCUUUUUCCUGGCAUCCAUCUUGAUAAAGCAGGCUACCCAGAACUAGAGGAUGCAAUUGAUAGACAGGUUGAGGAGGCAGGUUUAAUCAGCCACCCCCCGUGGAAGCUAAAGGUCAUUCAGCUGUUUGAGACGCAGAGAGUUCGACACGAGUGUGGCCAGCCUCAUAGAGAAAUGCGCAUGAAUCCCAAAGCCAUCACUGCACCUCAGAUGUUCGGGCGUCUUGAUGUUGCCACAAAUGACUGGACUGAUGGAAUAUUCUCCACACUUUGGAGAAAAACACUAAGGGCAAAGAAAGGGGAGCACAUUUGGAUAGUUCUGGAUGGACCAGUGGAUGCCAUUUGGAUAGAGAACCUCAACUCGGUUUUGGAUGACAACCGGACUCUUACGUUGGCCAAUGGUGACCGUAUUCCCAUGGCGCCCAACUGCAAAAUAGUUUUUGAGCCUCAUAACAUUGACAAUGCAUCUCCUGCAACCGUAUCUCGUAAUGGGAUGGUGUUCAUGAGUUCUUCUGUUCUUAACUGGAGUCCAAUACUAGAGAGUUGGUUGAAGAAACGCUCGCCCCAUGAAGCUGAAAUCCUAAUGCAACUGUUCGCGUCUUCAUUUUCGGAGCUUUUUCGCUUCAGUGUGCAAUCUCUGGAGUUCAAAAUGGACAUGUUGGAGGCUUUUGUCAUCAUGCAGUGCAUCAACAUGCUGCAGGGACUCAUACCACCCAGGGAACAGUGUGGGGACAUUUCCCGAGAGCACCUAGAGCGGUUCUAUGUAUUUUCUCUGCUGUGGAGUACUGGGGCUUUACUUGAACUCGAUGACCGAAGGAAGAUGGAACUAUGGAUCCGGGCAAAUGAUAGCCUCUCUCUGAAUCUCCCAGCAAUUCCACCUGAGAGCGAAGACACCAUAUUCGACUACUACGUCACUGAGUUUGGUCACUGGGUCCACUGGGACUCCAGAGUGGAUGAGUAUAUCUAUCCCACUGACAUUACCCCAGAGUACAGCUCCAUUCUCGUCCCCAACGUGGACAACGUCAGGACAGACUUCCUUAUUCAGACUGUCGCCAAACAGGGCAAGGCUGUGCUGUUGAUUGGAGAACAGGGAACGGCCAAAACUGUAAUGAUAAAGAGCUAUGUUUCAAAAAGCGACCCAGAGACACACAUAAGCAAGACCCUCAAUUUUUCUUCAGCUACUACUCCACUAAUGUUUCAGAGAUCUGUUGAGAGCUAUGUGGACAAGAGAAUGGGCAGUACGUAUGGACCUCCUGCAGGAAAGAAGAUGACAGUUUUCAUUGAUGACAUCAACAUGCCUGUUAUCAAUGAGUGGGGAGAUCAGGUGACAAAUGAGAUUGUGCGACAGCUGAUGGAGCAGAAUGGAUUUUACAAUUUAGAAAAGCCCGGAGAGUUUACCAGUAUUGUAGACAUCCAGUUUUUGGCAGCAAUGAUUCAUCCUGGAGGAGGACGCAACGACAUUCCCCAGAGACUAAAAAGACAGUUCUCUAUUUUUAACUGCACUUUACCCUCCAAUACAUCCAUUGACAAGAUUUUUGGUGUCAUUGGGGAAGGUCAUUUCUGUGCAGCUCGAAGCUUCAGUGAUGAAGUGAGAAACAUUAUUCCAGGUCUGGUUUCUCUUACUCGACAACUGUGGCAGCUGACGAAGGUCAAGAUGCUUCCAACUCCAGCAAAGUUCCACUACAUCUUUAACCUCAGGGAUUUGUCCAGAGUCUGGCAGGGAAUGCUUAACACAACCUCCGAGGUGGUCACUUCAACUGAGGUGGUGCUGGCCUUGUGGAAGCAUGAGUGCAAACGUGUGAUAGCUGACAGAUUUACAAUGCCUGAAGACGUGGAGUGGUUUGACCAGGCAUUGGCCAAAGUGGUGGGGGACAAACUCGGAGAGGAAGACAAAAAAGUGGUGGACUAUGGAGUUGACUCGUUCUUUGUGGACUUUUUACGAGAUGCACCAGAAGCAACAGGUGAAGAGCCAGAGGAUUCAGAUUUUGAUUUGCCCAAAGUGUAUGAGCAAAUAGAGUCAUUUGAAAGUUUGAAAGAUCGGCUGAACAUGUUCCUGACCCUCUUCAAUGAGAGCAUCAGAGGGACGAGUAUGGAUAUGGUGUUUUUCCAGGAUGCUAUGAUACAUUUGGUCAAGGUGUCAAGAAUCAUCAGGACCUCAGGAGGAAACGCCUUGCUCGUGGGUGUCGGGGGCUCAGGCAAACAGAGCCUAACCAGGUCAUAUAACACAGCCAACCUGAUGGAUGACUUGAAGGGGUUGUACAGGACAGCUGGUCAACAUGGGAAAGGCAUUAGCUUCAUUUUUACAGAUAAUGAAAUCAAAGAGGAAUCUUUCCUGGAGUAUAUGAACAAUGUGCUGUCGUCUGGAGAGGUUUCAAAUCUGUUUGUUCGGGAUGAAAUUGAUGAAAUCCUUAGUGAUCUAAUCCCAGUGAUGAAGCGAGAGUUUCCCAGACGACCUCCAACCAAUGAAAACUUAUAUGAAUACUUCAUGUCUCGGGUCAGACACAAUCUCCAUGUUGUCUUGUGCUUUUCUCCUGUUGGGGAAAAGUUUCGCAAUCGAGCUUUAAAGUUUCCAGCGCUCAUAUCAGGCUGCACCAUGGACUGGUUCAGCCGCUGGCCCAAAGACGCCCUGGUGGCAGUGUCGCAGCACUUCCUCUCUCUUUAUGACAUUGACUGCUCUCUACAAGUCAAAAGUGAGGUUGUACAGUGCAUGGGCUCAUUUCAAGAUGGUGUGGCUGAAAAGUGUGUGGACUACUUCCAAAGGUAUAGACGCUCCACUCAUGUAACACCAAAGUCCUACCUGUCCUUCAUCCAGGGAUAUAAAGCCAUUUAUAAAGAAAAACGCACUGAGGUGCAAACUUUAGCCAACAGAAUGAACACAGGUCUCAAAAAGUUGAAGGAAGCUUCGGAGUCGGUGGCUGCUCUGAGUAAAGAGCUCGAGGUGAAAGAGAAGGAGCUACAAGUCGCUAAUGAGAAGGCUGAUAUGGUAUUGAAAGAAGUGACAGUGAAAGCACAGGCAGCAGAGCGUGUAAAGAUAGAAGUCCAAAAAGUAAAGGACAAGGCUCAGGCAAUUGUGGACAGUAUUUCUGCUGACAAAGCCAUUGCAGAGGAGAAAUUAGAGGCCGCUCGACCAGCGCUUCAGGAGGCUGAGGCUUCACUGCAGACUAUCAAGCCAUCGGAUAUUGCCACUGUCCGAACGCUUGGCCGACCUCCUCAUCUCAUUAUGCGGAUAAUGGACUGCGUGCUGCUGCUGUUUCAGAGAAGGGUCAAUUCUGUCAAAAUCGACCCGGAGAAAAACUGCAACACACCAUCAUGGCAGGAGUCCCUAAAGCUCAUGACUGCGGGGAACUUUCUGGGCAGUCUGCAGCAAUUCCCUAAAGACUCCAUUAAUGAGGAAAUGGUGGAGCUUCUGCAGCCCUAUUUUGAAAUGCCUGACUACAAUAUUGAAACUGCCAAGAGAGUCUGCGGCAAUGUAGCUGGUCUUGCGUCAUGGACCAAAGCAAUGGCUUCUUUUUUCUCCAUUAACAAGGAAGUUCUUCCAUUGAAGGCUAACCUGGCAGUGCAGCAGAAUCGUCUUGCUCUCGCUAAUUUGGACCUUGAGAAAGCUCAAGCUGAGUUAGAUGAUAAACAGGCAGAGCUGGAUGUGGUCCAGGGCGACUAUGAGAAAGCAAUGACGGAAAAACAGGCCUUACUGGAGGAUGCUGAGCGCUGUAGACACAAGAUGCAGACAGCCUCCAGCCUGAUAAGUGGUCUGGCUGGAGAGAAGGAAAGGUGGACUGAGCAAAGUAAAGAGUUUGCAGCUCAAACAAAGCGUCUUGUCGGUGACGUCCUUCUGGCCACAGCUUUCCUGUCCUAUUCAGGGCCAUUCAAUCAAGAGUUCAGAAAUCUUUUAAUGUACGACUGGAAAAGGGAGCUGAAACAGCGACACAUCCCAUUUGGGAACAAUCUAAACCUCACUGAAUUGCUGAUUGAUUCCCCGACUGUGAGCGAGUGGAACCUACAGGGGCUCCCCAAUGAUGACCUGUCCAUUCAGAACGGCAUUAUUGUCACCAAAGCUGCCCGCUUCCCGCUUCUUAUUGACCCACAGACUCAAGGAAAGAUCUGGAUAAAGAAUAAAGAGGCCAAGAAUGAGUUGCAGAUCACUUCACUGAACCAUAAGUACUUCAAGAACCACUUGGAGGACAGUUUGUCUAUUGGAAGACCACUCUUAAUUGAAGAUGUCGAGGAAGAACUAGAUCCUGCUCUGGACAACAUCCUGGAGAAGAAUUUCAUUAAGACUGGCUCCACGUACAAGGUGAAAGUGGGUGAUAAAGAGGUGGAUGUGAUGAAAGGAUUCCGGCUUUACAUGACCACCAAACUGCCGAACCCUGCAUACACCCCAGAGAUCAGCGCACGCUCUUCUAUCAUCGACUUCACGGUCACCAUGAGGGGCCUGGAGGACCAGUUACUGGGCAGGGUCAUUCUCACUGAGAAACAGGAACUGGAGAAGGAGAGGACAGACCUCCUGGAAGACGUCACAUCAAACAAAAGGAAGAUGAAGGAACUGGAGGACAACCUUCUCUACAGACUGACCAGCACACAGGGAUCACUUGUGGAUGAUGAGAGCCUGAUUGCUGUCCUGGGAAACACUAAGCGCACUGCUGAAGAGGUCACUCAGAAACUGCAGAUUGCAGCUGAAACUGAGGUCCAGAUAAACGCUGCCAGAGAAGAGUACAGACCAGUGGCCACUCGAGGCAGUAUUCUCUACUUCCUCAUCACAGAGAUGAGUAUGGUCAACGUCAUGUAUCAAACAUCGUUACGGCAGUUUUUGGGGCUUUUUGACCUCUCUCUGGCAAGAUCCUUCAAAAGUCCAAUAACCAGCAAACGAAUCGCCAACAUCAUUGAGUUUAUGACCUUUGAAGUUUACAAAUAUGCAGCACGGGGGCUUUAUGAGGAGCACAAGUUUCUCUUCACUUUGCUUUUAAGCCUGAAAAUUGACAUGCAGAGCAGCAAGGUCAAACAUGAUGAGUUUCUGACUCUCAUCAAAGGAGGUGCUUCUUUGGACCUCAAAGCUUGUCCUCAGAAACCAGCAAAAUGGAUCCUGGAUAUGACAUGGCUCAACCUGGUGGAGCUGAGCAAACUAUGGCAGUUUUCAGAUAUUCUUGAUCAGAUAACUCGUAAUGAGAAACCAUGGAAAACUUGGUUUGACAAAGAAGUUCCUGAAGAGGAGGUGCUCCCCAACUCUUAUGACCAGUCACUGGACUGUUUCCGACGCCUGCUCCUCAUUCGUUGCUGGUGUCCGGAUAGAACAAUUGCACAGGCUCGAAAAUACAUAAAGGAUUCGAUGGGGGAGAAAUACACAGAAGGCGUGAUGCUGGAUUUGGAGAAGACCUGGGAGGAAGCAGACCCUCGGACGCCGCUGAUCUGUUUCCUCUCAAUGGGCUCAGACCCAACAGACUCAAUCAUUGCUCUAGGGAAGAGACUGAAAAUUGAAACACGAUAUGUUUCCAUGGGGCAAGGACAAGAAGUGCAUGCUCGCAAACUUCUGCAGCAGACUAUGGCCAAUGGAGGCUGGGCAUUGCUUCAGAAUUGCCACUUGGGACUGGACUUCAUGGAUGAGUUGAUGGACAUAAUGACCGAGACCGAGUCGGUCCAUGAUAGUUUUCGGUUGUGGAUAACAACUGAGGUUCACAAGCAGUUCCCUAUUACCCUCCUGCAAAUGUCAAUCAAGUUCACCAACGAACCGCCACAAGGGCUCAAGGCGGGGCUCAAGAGGACUUAUGGAGGUAUUAACCAGGACCUUUUGGAUGUCAGCAAUAUGGUCCAGUGGAAACCAAUGCUUUAUGGAGUAGCAUUUCUCCACAGUACUGUUCAAGAGAGGAGAAAGUACGGGCCACUGGGCUGGAAUAUCCCAUAUGAGUUUAACCAGGCUGAUCUUAACGCUACAAUUCAGUUUGUACAGAACCACCUGGAUGACAUUGACAUAAAAAAGGGUGUGUCCUGGAACACGGUUCGCUACAUGAUCGGAGAGAUUCAAUAUGGAGGCCGUGUGACAGACGACUAUGACAAGCGCCUUCUCAAUACUUUUGCCAAAGUGUGGUUCAGCGAGGACAUGUUUGGACCCAGCUUUAAUUUCUACAAGGAUUACACUAUCCCCAAAUGCAUCAAUGUAGAGCAGUAUCUCACAUACAUUCAGGGAUUGCCAUCUUACGACACCCCAGAGGUAUUUGGACUCCACCCAAAUGCUGACAUCACCUACCAGAGCAAACUGGCGAAAGACGUGCUGGACACUAUUCUCAGCAUCCAGCCCAAAGACAGCUCCUCUGGUGGGGGUGAGACCAGGGAGGCGGUGGUGUCCAGGCUGGCUGACGACAUGCUGGAGAAACUGCCCCCCGACUACGUGCCGUUUGAGGUGAGGGACCGCCUGCAGAAGAUGGGGCCAUUCCAGCCCAUGAACAUAUUCUUACGUCAGGAGAUUGACCGGAUGCAGAGGAUCAUUGUUCUGGUCAGAAACACCCUCACGGACCUCAAACUGGCCAUAGACGGGACUAUAAUCAUGAGUGAAAACCUACGAGACGCUCUGGACUGCAUGUAUGAUGCUCGCAUUCCUGCACGGUGGAAGAAGGCAUCAUGGGCCUCCAGCACCCUGGGGUUUUGGUUCACAGAGCUGCUUGAGCGGAACCGACAAUUUCAGGCCUGGAUUUUUGAAGGGCGCCCCAACUGCUUCUGGAUGACUGGCUUCUUCAACCCACAGGGUUUCCUGACAGCGAUGAGACAGGAAAUCACACGAGCAAACAAGGGCUGGGCUCUGGACCGUAUGGUGUUGUGCAAUGAGGUGACCAAGUGGAUGAAGGAUGACAUCACUCAGCCCCCAGCAGAGGGAGUUUAUGUCUAUGGCCUUUACUUGGAGGGAGCCGGAUGGGACCGACGCAGCAGCAAGCUCAUCGACUCAAAACCAAAAGUCCUGUUUGAGAUGAUGCCUGUUAUAAGGAUGUAUGCUGAAAACAAUGGUGUUAAAGACCCCCAUCUUUACAUGUGUCCAAUCUACAAGAAGCCGGUCAGGACUGACUUAAACUACAUUGCUGCAGUUGAUCUGAAAACUGCACUUCCUCCUGAGUACUGGAUACUGCGGGGCGUGGCGCUGCUUUGUGACGUCAAAUAA